CGAAUUCAUCUCUCUCUCUCUCUCUCUCCCCGAGGAGGAAAAAAAAAGGAAGGGAAAGGAGAAACAGAGAGAGAAGCGCAGGUUAGCAACUCAUCCAAAUCCUCUCUUCCUCGACGGAAGCCCACCGGCAUUGACGUCGAUGAAUCGAAUUGCUCCUUCUCCGAUCCCGGCACCGUCGGAAACGGCCGAGAUUCGAUAAUCCUGCAAAUCGCCGGGCUUAGAUGCUGUCCUGAUGAGCUGCAUUUCCGUUUCUGGACCUCAUGCUGUGGGCCUGAAGUGAGAAAGAAUCUUACGAACUGCGAAUUCGAGGAAGCCUGGAGUCGGAGUGCCUGUGUAUGGCUGGGAGCUUGCCUGGUUAUAUGUCAGAUGGGUUUUGGAUCGCCACUUGGACAUUUCCAGGCUUUGAAACUUGAAUGGCUGAUCCUCAGAAAAGCGGUCUUACUGCCGAGAGGGAUAUUGAGCAGGCUAUUACAGCACUUAAGAAAGGGGCAUAUUUGCUAAAGUAUGGAAGAAGGGGGAAGCCUAAAUUCUGCCCAUUCCACUUGUCCAAUGAUGAGUCCUCGUUGAUAUGGUACUCUGGUAAAGAAGAGAAACAGAUUAAACUCAGUCAGGUCUCAAGAAUAAUUCCUGGACAGCGUACUGCAAUAUUUCAGCGUUAUCCUCGGCCAGAAAAGGAAUAUCAAUCAUUUUCUCUCAUCUGCAGCGAUAGGUCCUUAGAUUUGAUAUGUAAAGAUAAAGAUGAAGCUGAAGUAUGGCUUGUUGGCCUGAAGGCACUCGCAACACGUGGCAAUAUCCGAAAAUGGCGGAAUGAAACCAUUAAUGAUAAUGCAUGCUUGGACAGUCCUAAUACUCGUGCACGAAGAAAUUCUCCAUCCGUUGCACCAUUUGAUUCAGGUGAGGGUCAAGGCACUCCAACGCAUUUGGAGAUCAGCUCACAAACUAGAUUAGGAAAGGCAUUCUCUGACAUAAUAUCACAUACUGCUGCAACUAAUAACAACAAUCUAGCUGAUUUAGAAGCCAGUUCUCUUGGUCCAGUGUCAGCUCCUGCAGAUAAUUCCAAUGGACGAAAUUCGGCAGCCGACACAUUUCGCAUUAGUUUGUCUAGUGCUGUAAGCUCAUCUAGCCAAGGUUCUUGUCGUGAUGAUUUUGAUGCCUUGGGUGAUGUUUUCAUCUGGGGAGAAGGGGUUGGUGAUGGAAUCCUUGGAGGUGGCGAGCAUAGAGUUGGGAGCGCCCGCAGUAAAAAGAUGGAUGCAACUCUACCAAAGGCUUUGGAAUCAAUGGUGGUUCUUGAUGUCCAUAACAUUGCAUGUGGUGAUAAGCAUGCUGUGCUUGUUAACAGACAAGGAGAGAUCUUCAGCUGGGGAGAGGAGUCAAGAGGCAGGCUAGGGCAUGGUACAGAGUUCGAUGUCUGCUACCCAAAGCUUAUUGACGCUCUUAGUGGUAUGAGUAUUGAGUUGGUAGCAUGUGGAGAGUAUCACACUUGUGCUGUUACACUUUCUGGGGAGCUUUACACGUGGGGGGAUGGUGCUCAUAAUUCUGGUUUGCUUGGCCAUGGAAGUGAAGCCAGUCAUUGGAUUCCUAAAAGGGUAGGUGGUUGCUUGGAGGGCCUUCAUGUGUCCUAUAUCGCUUGUGGACCUUGGCACACAGCUGUUGUAACAUCCUCCGGUCAGUUGUAUACAUUUGGAGAUGGGUCUUUUGGUGCAUUGGGACAUGGAGAUCGCACUAGCAGUACCAUUCCUAGGGUGGUUGAAGCUUUGCAAGGACUACGUGCAACUAGGGUUGCUUGUGGCGUUUGGCAUAGCGCUGCUAUAGUUGAAAUCACUAUUGAAUCCUCUUCUGAUGAACAUCCUAGCAAGCCUUCCUCUAGAAAUAUAUAUACAUGGGGUGAUGGAGAUAAAUAUCAGCUUGGACAUGGUGAUAGAGAACCUAGGUUGCUUCCCCAGGCUGUGAUUGCAUUGGUUGGUCAGAACAUUUGUCAAGUAGCUUGUGGCCAUACCAUGACUGUUGCUCUGACAGCAGAUGGACGAGUUUUUACAAUGGGAAGCACAGCCUAUGGCCAGCUUGGGAAUCCUGUAUCAGAUGGAAAGUCUCCUGUUCCUGUUGAAGGGAAAAUUGCCGGUAUAUUUGUAGAGGAAAUCGCCUGUGGAUCUUAUCAUGUUGCAGCAUUAACUUCUAGAUCAGAGGUUUUCACCUGGGGAAAAGGAUCUAAUGGGCAGUUAGGCCAUGGAGAUUGUGAUAACAGAAACACUCCAACCUUAGUAGGUUCCUUGAAAGACAAGCAAGUGAAGGCUGUCGUGUGCGGCUCAAAUUUCACUGCUGUGAUAUGUCUUCACAAAUGGGUAUCCAGUAUAGACCAUACUAUGUGUUCAGGGUGUCGCAAUCAAUUCGGUUUCAGAAGGAAGCGACACAACUGUUACAACUGUGGCCUUGUUUUCUGCAAAGCAUGUAGUAGUAGAAAAAGUUUGAAAGCUUCUUUGGCUCCAAAUAUGAAUAAGCCAUAUCGUGUAUGUGAUGAUUGCUACAAUAAGCUAAAGAAGACUGCAGAAUCUAUUUCAGUUGCUCGCAUGCCAAAGCCUAGAAAUGGUAAUACACGUAAUAAGAAUGAGGCAGUAGAUAGAGAGGCUUCAUCUUUUAAAUCACAGGGGCAUUUGUCAAGACUCUUGUCUGUUGACUCAAUCAGUCUGGCAGAAGGCAGGAGAUCCAUCAAUGACUCAAAAUCGGAACAGCAAGGGGGCCGUGUGUUCCCACUUACCAAUAGAAAUUUCCAGUUGGGGGGAGGGUUGAACUUAUCAAAGGAACCAACAUCCCCCAUGGGAGCUCCUAUGAAAAUUCUCUCAUUUUCAGUUCCAGCUUCCAGAAUGCCUUCUCGACCAGCUUCUCCUCUUUCGGGAAAAUCCAGUCCACCUCGGUCUUCUGAAGUGACUACUGAAGACUCAAAGCACAGCAAUGACAGUGUGACUCAGGAGAUCAUGUCUUUAAGGGCCCAGGUAGAAGAUCUUGCUUCUAAAUCCCACCAUCUUCAAAGUGAGCUUGACAAAACAACUAGAAAACUAAAGGAGGUGACUGCAAUAGCGUCAGAUGAAGCUCAAAAAUGCAAGACUGCGAAGGAAGUUAUAAAGUCUCUCACAGCUCAGUUGAAGGAGAUGGCUGAAAAGCUUCCCGAAGGACAAAAAGCUAUCCAAAUCUCAGCUUCUGCUGCUAAGGACCUUCCCAGUGACUUUAACAUGCUCUCCAGGGAUGCUCAGUCGCCAAAAGCAGUCUCUCCAAAAGCAGUCUAUCCAGAAAGUGACUCCAAUUUGAAGUCAGUAAACACGGCGGUCUCCAACGGAAGUAAACAACAAACUGACAAGGGAGAGUGGGUUGUACAGGAUGAACCAGGUGUUUACAUAACAUUGGCUGCGUUACCUUCUGGCGGUAAUGAACUCAGACGAAUUCGCUUCAGCCGGAAACAUUUCAAUGAAGAACAAGCUGAGAAGUGGUGGGCUGCUAACGGAAACAAGGUGUUUGAGCGUCACAAGAUACGAAGUACGUAGCCUCACCAUCAUCAAGCUGUUUGUCUAGUUCGCCACAUAAUCAUGGCCCGCUUCCUGUCCACUGGAAACUGUACAUGUUUUUUUUUUCGCUCCUUCAGUGGAAUUUUACACGGAUUAAGGGUCGCCGUACACAGUUAGAUUGAGAAGCAUGAAACAAAGUAAGAAUCUAGGAAGAAAGAUCAAUAGGCAAGGGAUGAUGUUUUGAGAGGAGACAUGGAUCCAUGAUCGAUAUUGAACUUGUGAGAUGUUUGGUCGAAAGUGCGUAUUGGGCAAUCGCAUAGCAUUGAGUGGCAUGUUGUGGUUGGUAUAUGAAAAGUUCAGUGAUAUGGUCCAAAACAAGCUUUGCUUA